AUGGCAUAUUUGUUGCAUUAUAUAGGAGUAUGUAAACCAAGUUGGUGGGAAAUGAAGGAUCAUUCGAAUAUGUUUGCAACAUUGAACGGAGCUAUAGUUAGAAUAUAUGGGCCGAUAAUGUUAAUUGCUCUAACAAUGAACAUUAUUCUGAAUUAUAAAAAGUAUUCUUUUGAUACUCUUGGUAUAAUGUUUGCAGUAUGGCCGGUAGCGUUUGUCACUAACGUCAAAUUGUUAUCAUCGAUAUUCAUAAAAAGUUACAAGAAAGUUCUUGGCGAGUUCUUUGGCAAGAUACAUGUAUAUAAUUACUACAAACGUACAAAUGAUCCGUUCGCAAAAGUGAAGUUACUACAGGUUGAAAGAAAUACUAGGUUAACCGGAUUUUUCAUAGGGAUCAUAUUAUUUAUGGACUGGUGUUUAUGGUUUACUGUACCAAUCAUUAACAACAUAUCCAACCAGGAACUUGUUAAGAACAAAACUGUAAGACUACAAACAUGCUUGUAUUUGUGGACACCCUUCGAUUAUGGAUACAAUUAUAAUACGUGGGUAUUAAUGCAUAUUAACAGUGCUCUAUCAACUUUGUACGGAUGCUCUGGUAUUACAGUUUUUGAUACAAUGAAUUUAGCCAUAAUUUUUAAUUUGAUCGCUCACAUUGAGAUAUUUAAGAACAAUAUUAAAGUACGAUUCCAUAAGAAAUUAAACCAGGAGGAGAUGAGAUUUGAAUUAAUUGAAAUGAUCAAAUAUUACGCAUUUAUUACAGAAAAAUUUAAAGACAUCCAGUCGGCGUUUGGUAUUAAUGUAGCUGGGAAUUAUUUGCAAAACUUAUUUGAAGACAGUUUAUUAUUAUACGAGUUGAUGUUCAUGCCCAAAAGUGACAGGAUGCUAUUUGGUCUAAUGUUUUUGGUAUAUGUGGGAGAGUUGGUCAUUAUGUCAUUUGUAUUGGAAGAAAUUCGUCGGCAGAGUGAAGAUAUAGGAGAGGUUGUGUAUUGUAAUAUACACUGGGAAGAAAUGUCAACGUCUAAUAAGAAAAUCUUUUUGCUCUUUCUAUCACAAGUUCAACCUACAAUGACGUUUAAAGCUGCUUGUGGAUUAACUGCUGGCGUGAAGCCUAUGAUUUCGAUACUUAAGUCUACUUUCUCGUAUUACAUAAUGCUGAAAUCAAGCGUGAAAUCAUAG